GACAUGUCCCGCUGCCAGCCUUGCAACCCUUGCUGCCAGCCCUGUGGGCCCACCCCGCUGGCCAACAGCUGCAAUGAGUGCUGUGUCAGGCAGUGCCAGGACUCCCAUGUGGUCAUCGAACCCUCCCCAGUGGUGGUGACCCUGCCCGGGCCCAUCCUCAGCUCCUUCCCACAGAACACCGCCGUGGGAUCCUCCACCUCCGCUGCCGUUGGCAGCAUCCUCAGCUGUGACGGAGUGCCCAUCAACUCCGGGGGCUUUGACCUCUCCUGCAUCACCAGCUGCUACCCUCGCAGAUGUGGGCCCUGCUAA